AAACACCUGUUACGAGUGCACACGAGGGGUCAUAUUGGUGUUGACUGGUACGUUUGCAGAGACAUGUCACUCAAACACCGGGACCACGAAGAUGUGCAGCAUGACAAAGUUGGCGGUGACGCAGGCUUGUGCAGCGCAGAAUAUUCCUUGUUAUUCGAGUGCACCUCCUCCUGUACCAGCAGGCCCACCGGCGGUAGGAGAGGUUCCAGUAGAACCAGUUCAAAACUGAAUGAUGGCAAAGCAGAUAAUCUCACGCUCACUACCCACUCACGCCAAGAGAGGCAAGACAAACUUUACAAAGUGCACGCUUUGAAAGGUGAAAAUAGAGGUGACUCAAGAUACAGACGGCAGGAAGACAGUCAGACACAAGACUGCAGACUAUCUUUCCUCCCUCCCAUCAAGCCCCACGAAGGUCCCAUGCAACGCACCCUGUCGGCCCACCAGCACCCCAUCAGACGGCUUGGCGACCAGGUAUGGGAUCUGCAACACCAACCAGCUCCGGCCCCCGCGGAGAAACGGCUGAUGAAGUGCCUGGAUGGUUGCCAGGAGGUGGCACUGCAGCACCUGAAGAACUGGGAGAACAACCUGCCCCAAGUGCCACCCCAACAGAACGAUGCCGUGCGCACGCUGCAGGAGUUGCUGCAAGACGCCUGGGCCCGUAACAGAGCGCUGGUCCGACAGCUGCACGUCAGCAAGGCCCGGCUGCUGAGUAUCCGAGAUGCCCUCUGGAGGCUCCAGCAGCUCAGCCAGGAUCGCAGCUUGGGAGAGAUGGAAAAGCUGGUGCAGCACGUCAGUGCCCUCACCCUAGAGCUCGACAUCAAAAACAAGAGGAUAGAGAACUUGGAGAAAAACUUGGAGCUGACAAAUGCAUCCUUUAAUCGUCAGCUUUCCUCCCAAGUUCAGAAGACCCAUCAAGCCAGAGAUCUUUCCAAGUGUCUCCAAGAGGAAAUCAAUCAGCUCAAACAAAAGAUCAGUGUAAGGGGCCUAAAGUUACCCUCCCCUUACCCCUCCCCACAUACAAAUAAUGCAUUUGCAAAAUACUAUGUAAGCUGUAUACUCAGGCUGGCAGAUGUUUUAUAUAAAACAAAGUGGAAUGCACAUUGA